GGUCCAAUGAAAUCGAAUAGAAGGAGAUAAGACCCCGUAUAAAAUUCUACCAAUCCCGGGGACAUUAGGGAUUUGCAAAUAAGAGCGGACCAUGGAUCUCCGCAAUCAAGAGACCCCAAGAAGAUGUCUGAUAUUCCUACUUUUCAUGGGAAUGUUUGCUGCCGGAUGGGCUCAGACAAGGUUUAUAACGGCCUUCAUGGAAAAUUAUUAUGUAUCUGAAGAAACAACAUUCCAGCUGUACCUCGUCACCUACGAUAAACCAGCCACAGUCACCGUAACGGUGUCCCUACCGAAAUUCAACCAAACCCUGAACAUCGAGAGGGACAGUUAUCGCCUGGUGACCCUCGACUACACUUAUAUGAUCACAGAAAAGGAUGUGACUUCUAAGGCCGUUCUGGUCCAAUCAGACGCCGCUCUAUCUGUCUUCGGUUUUUACACGGCUGCCGGCAGCGGUGACGCCAUGACCUGCCUCCCCGUAGAAGACCUGGGCACAGAAUAUUACAUAUCAACCACGGCAUCAGGAUCGGCAAAACAAUUCGCUGUGGCCAACGGUCUGGAGGAUGUGGCUCUGGUCAAUGUAACCGUCUCUGGAUCGAUGGCGUAUAAAGGCGUGGAGUACACCAAAGGACAGUCUUUUUCUUUUAGUCUCAGAUACCAACAGUCCGUUCAGUUUCAAAGUUCUUCUGACCUAACCGGCACCAGGAUCUCAUCCACGGUUCCCGUAGCGGUUUUCAGUGGCCAAAAAUGCUUCAGGGGGAUAAACAACUUCUGUGAUACCCUGGUUGAGCAGUUGUAUCCCGUGUCUAGGUGGGGGCGCUUUUUUGUUUUGGCGCCGUUCUUGAACCACACCCAAGAUUCUAUCACCAUGGUAACAUCAAGUGCAGAAACCCAAGUAUUUGUUGACGGAGCGAUGGAACCCAAGGAGUACUUAAUUGAGGACGUGAGAAGCCCCGUUCGAAUUGGUUUGAAGGAAAUGUCUAUCAUUAAUGCUUCCAAACCUAUUAUGGUCAGCUAUGUCCUCCAAGAAUUCAAGCCCGGUGUAGUAACUACUUAUGACCCCUUUUUUGUUACCAUCCCGCAUUCUUCGGCAUCAAGAAGUUAUUAUAAAUUCGUAACACAAAAAAUAUACUUCAACUAUCUUAUGAUUGUGACUCCGGCAACGUCAGAAGAUGGGUUCUACCUGGAUCACCGCCCGCUGAGUCGGUAUAAUUUCACCGUACAAUAUUUCAGAGCUUACAGCGCAUUCCAAGUCUUUAUGGAUAAAAGUGAAGGUCAACAUGAAGUAUAUCAUGACUCAACGCCCUUUACGGUUUAUGUCUACGGUGUUGAAAGAGAUACUUCAUAUGGAUACUCUAUGGGCCAAGAAACGAUAUAUCCAGAUGCACCUUUGCCACCUUCGCCACCUUUGCCAACACCCACAGAAGGCAAUGAACCAGAAGGAACCCUGCGUUGUCUUUCUAAUGGUGCUGAAUAUCAACUUCCUCUCAGUAUGGUAGUUGACGCUCACCUAGGUGUGUCUGAUAUACACCUCGAAGACCCUCUGUGCCAGGCGGCGGCUGAUGAAGAUUUCGCUUUCAUUCGAAUACCAUUCAGUGGAUGCGGAUCCAAUGUUCUGAGUGAAGAUGGAAAAACCUUCUAUGAGAACACGGUCUAUGGGACGAUCCCGGGGACCAGCAUCCAUCGCAUUGAGAUCCCAGUGAAGUGCGAAAUGGAGAUGAAUGAGACCCUCGGGAUGAACCUUCACCCUAAAGUCACUGAUGUAGUCUCUCUAGGUCACUAUAACGUCUCUCUGCAACUCUAUCAGUCCGAAGACUUCGGCGACCUGAUCACAGCAUAUCCCUAUGAGGUGGACAUCCAUGGGCGCUUGUAUGUUGAGUUUAAAGUGGUGUCCGGUGACCAGAAUCUGCAGAUACUUGUCGAGAACUGUAAAGCUUCUCCAUCGCUAGAAGACAAUGAGCAAGUCUACCGUCUCAUCCAACAAGGGUGCCCCCAAGACUCCACUUUGCAGACCCACGCCGUUCCCGACCAGAGGCUGCAGCGCUUCAGCCUCCAUGUUUUUAAGUUUAACAGUUUUGGGGAGGUGUACCUGUCCUGUAAUGUCCUUGUCUGCCAUAACGGAACUUCUCCAAACCGCUGUACCCAAGGGUGCCACCAUCUAAGGCACAGACGUGACGCUCGUGGCUCUCCAGUACAUUUGGCCGCUGCCAGGUUGUCUCAGGGGCCCAUUGUGUUUAAAUCUGGUGAUCUCCAGACGUCACAUACAGUUCCCUCCUUUAUGCUCGUGGCUGUGAUCGCUAUGAUGGCCGUAUUGAGCGCGCUGGCCCUGGCGAUUCAGAAGCGUGUUUUAAAAAGUCGGGACUACUCUCUAUUGCAGGGCGCGGAAGACUGACACACUUAUGGGGUCCCGUCAUCCAUUGCAUGAGAUGUGACACAUUAAAUAUGUUUUUAUUCAUGGAA